UGGCACUUCUGCACACACUACAGUGCAACCUAUAUUAAUGUGUUCCCUGCCAUUUUUCUUUUCAUUGCACUCGUUUUCUACUCGAAGUCUGCAGAUGAACAGCGAGGAUUUAUUACGAGGUGAAAAGAUGAAUGGGAAUGGCUCAAGCAAGCACAAGGAAAGCAAUGGAAAAAGUAACCAGAGUUAUCUAAGGAAGCCAUUGGAUGUAGAGGAGUUUAGAAAGCAUGCUCACGCAAUGGUGGACUUCAUUGCAGACUAUUAUCAUAACAUUGAAAACUUCCCAGUUCUCAGCCAAGUGCAGCCUGAUUACUUGAAAUCUCUCAUACCUGAUUCUGCUCCGCAGCAUCCAGAGUCAUUUGAAAGUGUUCUUGCUGAUGUGAAAGAGAAGAUAAUGCCUGGAUUGACACAUUGGUACAGUCCGAAUUUUUAUGCAUAUUUUUGUUCAAGUGGGAGCACAGCAUCUUUUCUUGGGGAAAUGUUGAGCAGUGGGUUUGCAACGGUGGGUUUGAGCUGGAUUACUUCACCUGCUGCAACAGAGCUUGAAACCAUUGUACUUGAUUGGCUUGCCAAAAUGCUCAACUUACCCAAAUCUUUUCUGUCUUCAGGUAAAGGGGGUGGUGUUAUUCAAGGCUCAGCAAGUGAAGCAGUAUUGGUAUCAUUAUUAGCUGCCCGAGACAAAGUUCUAAAGAAAAUUGGUGCAGAAUCUCUUAGCAAGCUUGUCGUAUAUGUAUCUGAUCAAACACACUCCUCAAUUGAAAAAGCUUGUAGAAUUGCAGGAAUACAUCAAAAAAAUGUUAGAGUGUUAUCAACUGAUUCUUCUACUCAUUAUGCUCUGUCUCUUGAAAUUGCUCGCAAAUACAUAGUAGCAGACAUAUGUGAUGGUUUGCAUCCACUUUUUUUAUGUGCAACGAUUGGGACAACAUCAACAACAGCGGUGGAUCCUUUGUAUGAACUUGCAAAACUAGCAAGGGAACAUGACAUAUGGCUCCAUGUUGAUGCUGCUUAUGCUGGCAGUGCUUGUAUAUGUCCUGAAUAUCAACAUUAUCUUGAUGGGUUGGAGGAUGCAGACUCUUUCAAUAUGAAUCCCCAUAAAUGGCUUCUUACCAAUUUUGAUUGCUCGGCUCUCUGGGUUAAGGACUCAAAGGCUUUGGUUGAAGCUUUGUAUACAGAUUCAGAAGUUUUAAGGAAUAAGGCAUCGGACUCUAAGCUAGUGAUAGAUUACAAAGAUUGGCAAAUACCACUUGGAAGUCGUUUCAGGUCAUUGAAGUUGUGGAUGGUCUUGCGUCUGUAUGGAAUUUCAAAUUUACAGGCUUAUAUCAGAAAUCACAUUGGUCUCGCUCAACAUUUUGAAAAUCUUGUUACUCGAGAUAACAAGUUUGAGGUCAUGGCGCCUCGUACUUUUGCAUUAGUUUGUUUUCGAGUUUUACCUCCAGCAAAUGAUCCAGAUGAUGGCUACACUCUAAAUUCAAGAUUGUUGGAUGCCGUAAAUGAAAGUGGGCAUAUAUACUUAUCACAUACGGCAUCUAAUGGCGACCCCGGAGUCGGAAGAUCAAUUACUUGGCGGACCCUCGUCAAAGAAGAUCAAGUCAGGACAAGGACGACCUCCUCUCGUCUAGCAUCGACAAGGAUGACCUCCUCCCGUCUAGCAUCGACAAGGACGGCCUUCUUCGGUCAAGCAUCAUUAGGAAUAACCUCUUCCAGUCCAGCAUCAUUAAGGGCGACCUUCUCCAUCUAUCCUCCAGUCUAGCAUUUGAAGGAAAGCAUCACCAAAUUGAGCAUCAACCAAGUGUUAGACAAGGUGGCAUCCUAGUCAUCACUCCUCCAGUUGGGUUGGUCCACCUCAGCAUGUCUAGAUUCGAUGUACCUGACUCAUUAAAGGUGGAACAAACUUCGAUGUACCUACCCCAACUAUCCAUUGAUCGAAUAUUCUAGAGAAGACAUGUGUCCAAUUAAUACACUUAUUUCAUUGGUCAGAAGUGAGUUUGUUGUAACAAACCCUAAUUAGGGUUUUCAUUGUAGAAUCUUGGCCAUUGAUCUCAAAUUGAUCUGAGCCAUUGAAUUGUAUUAGGGGAACUAUAUAAGCCCCGACUCUUCAUUUUGUAAAGGCUAAUAAAAAAUAGAAAGUAUUUAGUGGAUAGUGGAAAAAUAGUGGGUAAAUAGUUAGUGAAUAGUUAGUUAAUAGUAUAGCAAUUAGAGUAGAGUAGAGAGAGAAGGCAAAGAUUGUUGCCAAGAUGUUGUAAAAGACUUGUAAAACUUCAUUGAAGAAAUGGUGAAAUCUAUGGGUCGAUUCAACAAUUUGCAUGGUCUCUAUACUUCUCAGUUUUGA